AUGCUCUCCGAGCGAAACAGUCGCUUCGAUGCGACAGGCCGCCCAACAUCAAUACGAAGCUUCUUCCUCGUCGCGUUCAUUUAUCUACUCGCUCUCGCAGACACGGCAAAAGCAUUCACCGUCGCCAUCUCGGACAAAGAUCAGCUGCGCCAAACAUGCUCUGGCAUGGUUGCCGGCGGCGACAGCCGCAUCGAAGCCUUCUUCCACAAAGGCUCCACUGGCACCGUCGCCACCAUGUUCUACGAAUUUGAGGAUUUCAGCCGGCUCGGCAAGCUCAGCAGCAAGACCGACGCUUUCGGGUACAGGCUGAAGAGCUUUGUUUGCACGCCAAGUGCCGUCACGGAGAAGCUAUGUACCCAGGAGCAGCUGGGCAACUUUAUUGUGGAUGACAGCAAUGGCCCGGCGAGCACGGUGCAGUUGCAGAGGAUGGACUUUGGUCCGAGCGGGACGGAGGAGGAGAAGACGCUGCGCUACAACGUGACCAAGACCGGAUACUACUGCUUCGGUGCGACUGAGGUGCCGCUAGCCUCCCUCGAAAACGCCCCCUCGGGCACCGGCGACGUCUCUGUCAACGCCGCCUUCGCCGGCCGCGUCGAGUUCUUCAACAAGUUCCACGGCAACCUUCCCGCCGCCGAAUACCCAAAGCUCAACUUCUACUUCUCCAUGACACUCGCAUACAUCGUCCUCGGUGCCUACUGGCUCUCGCUCUGCAUCAAGCAUCGCGACGAGAUGCUCACCGUCCAGUACUUUAUCUCGGGAACCAUUGGCUUUCUCGUCCUCGAGAUGGCCGCGCAGUGGGUGUACUACUACUACCUCAACAACCAUCUCAUCGACUUCUUCCGGAUUAGCGAGGUCAAUGGGCGCACGAGCGUCACGGCGGUGGCACGGUUCCUGCUGGUGUUGACCAGUGUGCUGGACGCCGGGAGGAACUCGUUGUCGUUCUUCCUGCUGCUGAUCGUGUCGAUGGGAUAUGGUGUCAUCAGGCCAUCCAUUGGGCCGGUGAUGACAAGGGUGAGGCUGCUCACGGCGGUUCACUUCGUCUUCGGCGUGCUGUACUCGGUCGGCAUCGUGCUCAUUCAGCUUGAUCAGGGUGGAGCGUGGACCCUUGCCUUCAUCUUCCCACUAUCGAUGACGCUCACCGCGUUCUUGACAUGGACUAUGAACUCGCUCAAGGCUAGCAUCGAGCAUCUCACGCAGCGAAAGCAGACCUUCAAGAGGGAGAUGUUUGUCAAGCUGCGCCGCAUCCUUCUCGGGGCUGUGGUGGUCAUUUUCUUCUUCUUCAUCGCCUCCUCGGUUGCCUUCUCACAAUCAGGCGGCGAAGGUUUCGCACCGAAUACAUGGCAGUACCGCUGGUUCCUGCUCGACGGCUGGCUUGCUCUGCUCUACUUUGCCGUCUUUUGCGCCAUCGCGUGGCUCUGGCGACCGACAGGACACAACAUGCGGCUCGCGAUGUCGGACGAGCUGGCGACGGACGACGAUCCCACCGCGGAAGGGUACGAGGUGGACACAUUUGCAGCGAGAGGGCCCGACGGACCGGAUAGCGAGGACGAGGACGAUGUGGAAGCGAAAAAGACGUCGCAGGGGAAUGGAAGAGGCGUCAGGGAUGAUGCUGUGGUCUUUGAGAUCGGGGAUGAGGAGGAUGAUGGGGAUGUGAGCAAGGAUGUGGGCGCAGCGGGGAGAAAAGUGGGAUCAGCAGGAGAAAGGCAGGGGCUCAUGGCAGGAAGCGCGAACAACUCGGAAGAGACGCUGGUGCCAGGCAAGAGGAGGGCCGACAAGAAUGAUUGA